AUGGUGAUCGGAGCCAGGCUGCAUGAUGCUGCCAUGGUACUGAGUGUUCAGACCUCUGGUCCCAGCAAACAUGGAAACUCGGCACCUAACCUCACUGAUUUGGAUAGUCUUGACAGCACGUUGAGCUUCAUUGAAGACCAGGUGCACAGAUCGAGGCAGCGCUAUCGAAGGCAUGCGACGGAUGAUGAUUACAAUAUUGAAGUCCUUCUGGGGGUUGAUGACUCAGUUGUUCAAUUCCAUGGGAAAGAACAUGUUCAGAAGUACCUGCUGACCCUGAUGAAUAUUGUUAAUGAAAUUUAUCAUGAUGAGUCCCUGGGUGCUCACAUUAACGUUGUCUUGGUGAGGAUAAUCCUGCUGAGCUAUGGCAAGUCCAUGAGUCUGAUAGAGAUUGGAAACCCUUCACAAAGUCUGGAAAAUGUGUGUCGCUGGGCCUAUUUGCAACAGAAACCUGACACUGGGCACGCAGAAUAUCACGACCAUGCUAUCUUUCUCACAAGGCAGGAUUUUGGUCCAUCUGGCAUGCAAGGCUAUGCUCCAGUCACUGGAAUGUGUCAUCCUGUUCGAAGCUGCACUCUCAACCAUGAGGAUGGCUUUUCAUCAGCAUUUGUGGUGGCUCAUGAAACUGGACAUGUUUUAGGCAUGGAGCACGACGGCCAAGGGAACAGAUGUGGGGACGAAGUCCGUCUGGGGAGCAUCAUGGCCCCCCUCGUGCAAGCCGCCUUUCAUCGCUUCCACUGGUCUCGUUGCAGCCAGCAAGAGCUGAAUCGCUAUCUCCAUUCCUAUGAUUGUCUGCGUGAUGAUCCCUUCGAACAUGACUGGCCUUCCCUUCCACAGCUGCCAGGAAUUCACUACUCCAUGAAUGAGCAGUGCCGUUUCGAUUUUGGUUUGGGCUACAUGAUGUGCACAGCUUUCCGUACGUUUGAUCCCUGCAAGCAGCUGUGGUGUAGCCAUCCCGAGAACCCCUACUUCUGCAAAACCAAGAAAGGGCCUCCGCUGGACGGGACCAUGUGUGCACCAGGAAAGCAUUGCUUCAAAGGUCAUUGCAUCUGGCUGACACCAGACAUCCUGAAGCAGGAUGGACACUGGGGGGCAUGGAGUAAGUUUGGCUCUUGUUCUCGCACCUGUGGCACCGGGGUGAAGUACAGGACACGGCAGUGUGACAAUCCCCAUCCUGCCAACGGGGGCCGGACGUGCGUGGGGCCAAGCUACGAGUUCCAGCUCUGCAACACUCAGGACUGUCCUAAGGACUUUGAAGAUUUCAGAGAGGAGCAGUGCCGGCAGUGGGAUCCUUACUUUGAGUACCAGAACACGAAACACCACUGGCUCCCUUAUGAACAUGUCGAUG